UCCGCUUCAGGUCACUGGAGAAGCCUAUUUGACAUUAGGUUAGUUCUCUUCUCUUCUUUUCACCUGGACCACGGGCCAGGGGAGACAGAGUCCUCUGCUCCACAGACCCUUCAUUUGUGAUGGUUCCAGGACUGAGCCGCGAGAGCAGAGCUAAAACAAACAGCUGUGACUGGGUAAGAGCCGGCCGGACAGAGAGAGGGCGAAUCCUGUCACCAGCACCCUCCUCUCCCCCACCUCCCUCACGCAGAGCCCGGACCCUUCCCUCGUCUGAUCCCUGGGAAACCUCUUCUCCAGGUUAUCUGGCUCCCAGGCUCCACUGGGGCUUUCGGGAUGAGGCGGAUCAGGGCUAAUGCCAUUGCAAUCCUGACUGUAGCCUGGAUCCUGGGCACUUUCUAUUACUUAUGGCAGGACAACAAGCCUCAUUCGGCAGCCUCCAGCAGAUCCCCCAGCAGCAGCGGCAGGAAUGGGCAGAGAUCAGCUGCGAGGCUGGAGAGCCACAGGGAAGAUGGGACCAUCCCCCUCAUUGUGACCAGAGUCCCACAAGCAGAGAAGAGCAGCCUGAGGGGUUUGGAUGAAAAGGCUUACCUGUCCUCCAAGCUGCUGAAGGCUGGAGAAGACCCAUACCGACAACAUGCUUUUAACCAGAUGGAGAGCGACAAACUCAGCAGUGACCGGCCCAUUCGGGACACCAGGCAUUACAGAUGUGCCUCUGUGCACUAUGAUGCAGACCUGCCAGCAACCAGCAUCAUCAUCACCUUUCACAACGAGGCUCGCUCCACCCUGCUCCGCACAGUGAAGAGUGUUAUGAACCGCACCCCUGCCAAUCUCAUUCAGGAGAUCAUUUUAGUGGACGACUUCAGCUCAGAUCCUGAGGACUGCCAGCUCCUUACCAAGAUCCCAAAGAUCAAGUGUCUACGCAACAGUCGGCGAGAAGGGCUGAUUCGCUCUCGAGUGCGAGGGGCCGAGGUGGCGACGGCUGAGAUUCUCACCUUCCUGGACAGUCACUGUGAGGUGAACAGCGAGUGGCUGCAGCCGAUGCUUCAGAGAGUGAAAGAGGAUUAUACCCGAGUGGUGAGUCCAAUCAUCGAUGUGAUCAGCCUGGAUAAUUUUGCCUACCUGGCAGCCUCAGCCGAUCUGAGGGGAGGGUUUGACUGGAGCCUUCACUUUAAGUGGGAGCAGAUCCCUAUAGAGCAGAAGAUGUCCAGAACGGACCCAACCCAGUCCAUAAGAACACCUGUCAUAGCGGGAGGCAUCUUUGUGAUCGAUAAAUCCUGGUUUAACCAUCUGGGAAAAUAUGACACUCAGAUGGACAUCUGGGGAGGAGAGAAUUUUGAGCUCUCCUUCCGCGUGUGGAUGUGUGGUGGCAGCCUGGAGAUUGUUCCCUGCAGUCGAGUCGGCCAUGUGUUCAGGAAACGCCACCCCUAUGACUUUCCAGAGGGCAAUGCGCUGACCUAUAUCAAGAACACCAAACGCACAGCAGAGGUAUGGAUGGAUGAAUACAAACAGUACUACUACGAGGCCCGGCCAUCUGCCAUCGGGAAGUCAUUUGGAAGUAUUGCAGACCGCAUGGAGCAACGCAGGAAACUAAACUGUAAAUCCUUCCAGUGGUACCUGGAGAAUGUCUACCCAGAGCUCAAGGUUCCUGAAAAGGAUCUGGUUCCUGGGAUUAUCAGACAAGGAGGACAGUGCCUGGAGUCUUGGGGCCAGGACACAGCAGGAAAUUCUGUGGCUGGUGUGGGAGGCUGCAAAGGGACAGUGAGCAAUCCCCCUGUCAGCCAGGAGUGGGUCUUCAGUGACCCUUUAAUUAGACAACAAGACAAGUGUCUCUCCAUCACCUCCUUCUCCACCGGAUCUCAGAUCACACUGGAAGCAUGCAAUCAGAAAGACGGCAGACAGAAAUGGAAGAUGAAAGGCAGUUUCAUUCAGCACUUUGUCAGCGGCCUCUGCCUGGAAAACCAGUCCAGCAGGGUGGUGACCAACCCAUGCCAAUCGGAUAGACCCGGCCAACAGUGGGAGCUGCUACAAGCCACAUGAUGGUAGCCCGGAAACUUCUCUCUUUCUUUUUGCAUGAGACUUGGGGAAUGGAAGGGGUUAGGGUGGGGAGUAAAGGUUUAUUAUUUCUAACCCUAAUGUUUCGAUUGUGAUGAUCAGCAAGUCACCAUUUCAGCUGAACAUUCACUGCUUUUGAACUUUUAAGGAAGAAGUUAGGGGAGGGGGGAUAAGAAGUGGCACUGAAAUUGAUCCAUCUGUUUCUUCUUCACGGUGACUGACAUCCUCAUACAACAGCAAUCAAAGGUAGGAGAGGGCACAACCCAAUAGCCGAAUAGAGCUCGGAGCAACAAGUACUGAGUAACAGCUCUCUCCUUUCUUUGCAUUGAAAUUUAUGAUCUUCAGUCCUGUGGAUUCCAUGUAACCAGUGGUCUUGACAACGCUUCUACAGACUCUUGGUGGCUCCUGGGCUCCACUGACUUUCCUCUAUAACAUCUUGUGUUAUUUGUGUGUGUUGUCUCGAACUGCUGCGAUGAGGUUGCUUUGUGGGAAAUGCAGCAUAACUAAUGCAUGGGUUGGGAGAUGGGCAGUGGAUCUGAGGGGCAGGGACUGUGUUGGGACAGGGCCUAGCACACUGUGGCAUCAUUCUUGGUUGGUCAGUCUGCAGACACUGCCAUUGUACACAUAAUUUGUAGUAUGGAUGGAGAAUGGGUAGAGGAGGGUAAUGGAUGCAGGGGGGGAAGGUUUGUAUUUGUGCAGUGUUCCACUGGAUCAUGUCAAUGUCAUUCUUUCCAGAGUUUCUUUGUACAGCUUCCCAUUUCCUAUGGGAAAUAGCCAUGAUGGUCAGGAAGGCUUCUGUGGUGAGAUCUUAGAGAGGCCAAAUACCAUUGCAGUAGGUGGUAAUCCAAACCCAACUCUCAUUAACCAGUCAGAUUGGUGUGCUUCAUAUGACGGAGUCCUAGGAUAGGAUGCAAGCUUAUUAUGAAAUGCCAGUAUCUGUAUAACAGCCCCUGCUCUUGUGCCCUACACCCAGGGAACCGGAGAAAUAGCCAGGCUUUAGUUUGUGCAUUUCCUUCCUCCCCCAGUGUUACUCUGCUAUGAGUUGACCUGACAUUCAGAAAAUGACUGGCUAAAUUAUAGGAUAUAGAAGGUUGCUGGAGGUUACUCUGAGACUGGUAGGUCUAAUGCUGCAACCGCUAGGAAAUGUCCAGUAAGCCCCACCCCGAAGGCAUUCCACGGCACUGCACUGACAGCGUGUGUUGGUGUAUUCUGUGAUGACAGGCCAAGCAAUGUGGAGGGAGCCAGUAUCGCUCCCUUCUGCCUUUCCUCAGCUGGGAUGCACUAACACAGAGAGAGUGCAAUCCCCUGGAUAAUUCUAACUGGGGGGUUAUGCCAAAGGAGCGCAGUGAAAUAGUAAAGUGUGUGUGUGUGUGCAUGCGCUGUCCGUGUGAAUACAGCCCGGGGUAGCAGCUCUCCUUUUACUAACCUUCACCCUCUCUCAAAGACAGGCAGCUAAAAGGUUUGAGGAUUUUGCUGCUCUUCUUUCAUUAGCUCUUCCCAGCCGAGAAGACCAGUUUUUCCCUCCAAAGGGUUAGUACUCACCCACCCACCUUCCCUUUUCUGAACCCACUCCCCAUUCCAUUAGUGCUCACACUAAGGCAUUUCCUUGUGUUCUGUCUCACUUCUAAAUGGGGAUGCAUACAGUCCAAGUGUUUGGUCACUCGCACCCCAACCCUUUCUGUUUUCAUCCAUGCAUAGGUGGAGAGGGAGGGCAAGAAUUCACCCCGCUCUUAUUAGCACAAAGGGGCUCUGAUCACCAGAAUCUGCCAUUCCUAACCCUUCACUACCAGACAGACAAGGUAUGCCCGUAAAGGCCUCCAGUUCUUCUUUUACUUAAAUGAAUAUGGUGCGGAAAGGCCUGGUACUGAGAAUACUUGUGUAUCCCAAGUUGUGAAGGCGUUAGCAGAGCUGAGCCUUUCUCUUCUUCAUCCAGGAGACCAAAUGUCUCCUAAAGAAAUAGCAUCCGGAUACAAAUCCGUACAUUAAGAACAAUCUGUCUGUGCUACAUACCUGAAGUUAUAAAAAUAGGGGAAACAUUAAAAAUCUAGUGGAUUUUCCUUACUUAUGCUGUUUGCUUUCUGUAAAUAGAACAGCCAGUUUCACUUUCUGUUUCUAGCUAGUAUCCCUUUUUGUUUUCUGGGAGCCCCCCAGUUGUGUGUCAGGUUUGAGUUUCCAGAGUUGCAGGAGGUGGUUUACAUCUGGAAAAAAGCCAAAAUUGUUUUAAUUGACAAGCCUAUUAAACCCUUUGUAUUGCUGUUGGAUUUUGUAAUCCCCACAACCACCACUAGAACAGGGCAAAUAUAGCAAAACAAUGAGCGUAUUUCUUUAAAUUCUAAACAGCUGUUUGCUUUGACCAUAUCUGUGUCUUCUUCUUAAUUCUCUAUUCACAAAUGAUUUAGUUGCACACUGUUUGGAUAACAGUAGCUCUUUGUACCUGUAUCUGCAUGUGAAUAAGAGUGCUGAUAUGAAAACAAGAGGAUUCAUCAUUUGCUAUUAUUCUUCUGUUUAAAAAAAAGAAGUUUGUCAUCCAGACAGGUGGCAGAAUCCAUACCUGAGCAGUAGACAAAGCAGCAGGAGUCUGAACGUUUGGGUUCUUUUCUGGCUCUGCCAAAGUGUGUGACUUUGAGCAAGUCACUUAACCUCUCUACACUUCAGUUUCCCUAUUUUAAAAAUGGGGAAGAAAUACAGAACCUAUUUCAUAUGGGUGCCAUGUGAAUUAAUUCAUUAGUGUUCAUAAAGUGCUUUAAGAUUUUCAGAUGACAGGUGCUCUAGAGAUGCAAAGUAUUUAUCCUUUAUUAGCUAUUGUUUUGUUUUUCCAGCAUAUUGAAAACUGGAAGUCCUUGCUGGUUCAGGAUAACAUUCACUGGCUGAUAUUUCAUUUCAGUGUAGCUAGUCAUCUUAGUAAUGUCCUUGGAUGAAUCUGAUGAGUGAUCUGCGUAGCGAAUGAAAACUCAGGCGGCCAUUCCCCACUCCCAGUUGGGGCAAGUUCCAUUUGGUGCAGCACUACCUGUAUGAGAGGAGGGAGUGCUGGGCAGAGUCCAGGUGUACUGCUGCCUUCUCCUCCUGUGUCCUGCAGAGAUGCUUCAGUGCCAUGCAAGUGCACAUCAGAAGGAUGAAGAAGAGCAAGGGCAAGGUCUUAGGGACAGAGAAAGAGAGAAUGAAUACAGGGAAAAAGAGGAAGAGCUAGGCAUGUCCUUAGAAUUUAUGGGGCCCUCCGCAGUAUUAUUAAACUGGUGCCCCUAUGCUCCACUGAAGGAGGUCCCCAGCUGGUGCCACUGACCCCAGUGUGUCCAGCAGGCACAGCCACCACCCCCACAUAUGGACCCCCAGAAUACCUCCCCACCCCUACAGCCCCUAGCCACUCCUGGCUCACCCUGAGCAUUUUGACAGGAAGUACCAAGCAGUAACACCACCAACAAUAAUACAAGUGUGUGUGUGUGUGAGAGAGACAGAGAACCUGUGUGAGUGUGAUAGAGCGACUGUGUGUUGGGCUGUGUGACAGAAUGUGUGUUGGGGAGUGUGAGACUGUGUGUGUGUGUGAGACAAUCUGUAUUGGGGACUGUGACUGGUGAGAGGCAGAGUGUACGUGGGUGUGAGAGCCAGUCUGUGUGUGUGUUAGGGAAGCGUGAGAGACAGUGAGCGCACUGUCACUUGAAGUCCCCCCCACUCUCUCCCGCUCGGCCACCCCCCGCUGAUUCCCGUGGAAGUUUCGCUCCCCGGCCCGGCCCCCACCGGAGAGCGAGCAGCGCAGGCAGGCAGGGUCCAGGGAGGGACUCCGCCCUGGGCUCCCUGGGGCUGGGUCGGCAGAGCGGGAGGCUGGAGCCCUCAGCCAACCGGCUGAGAAGCAAGCGAGGGAGGGGGCGGGGAGAAGCCCGCCGGCUCAGCGCGCGGGCGGGGCCGGAGAAGAGAGGAUACCAGCUGCGGCCCGCGAGGGGAAUGGUGCUCCACGCAGCCGCGUGUGCCUAAGGGCGGCCCUGGGACGAGGCAGCAUGGGGAGAGGGGGCAGAGAGAACAGAGGGAGAGGAAAUGAGAGCAAAGGAGAGAGGAAAACUGAAAGAGCGAGAGAACGUGGGACAGCCAGGCCCUCGGGAAAAAAGAUAAAGUCCUUCGCAUCCCAGCCACAGGCAGGAGGCGCUGCUUCAGGCAGCGGGGAGCAGGGAAAUCUAACUUACCUGGCUGACAAAACUAAAUGGAAGAAAGAUUGAGAGGAAGAAGAGCAGGAAGUGGCUGGUAAUUUCUUUGUGUGUUCAAAUGCUUCCAGACUGCAGCUUUUUGUCAAAAUAUUGCCUAGGGAGACCCCCUGCGCUUCCCUAUUUUUCCCACCCUGCAGGUUAAUAUUCCUUGCUAGCAGCUUAUUCGCACCCCUGAGCGACCUAAGUUGUGCCAACAUGAGUGUUAGUUGCAUCCGAUGAAGUGAGCUGUAGCUCACAUAAGCUUAUGCUGAAAUAAAUGUGUUAGUCUCUAAGGUGCCACAAGUCCUCCUUUUCUUUUUGCGAAUACAGACUAAACACAGCUGCUACUCUGAUAAGUGUUAGUGUGUCCAUAGCCUUCCGCGUGAGAAAGGGAGAGAAGCGCUAUCUUCCUUGCAGUUCCCUUUUAAGAAUUUGUCUGGUAACUCCACUGGGGGCUAAAGCCAGCUCCAACUCCACCUCCUCAAACAAACAAUUGCAGAGGGUUUCUCUUUGUGAGGAGACCCUCUGAAGAAACGUUGCUACUGGCUCUGGCUCCUGAGCCCUGUACGUAUGGAGUCUCCACGUUCUGAAUCUUCCAAGGUUGCUGUUUGACUAAAGGUCAGUCCUGGUUCAAAAGCUCCAUUCACCAAUAAAUAUUCCAUGCAAAAUCAACCCCAGGUGAUUUCCUCAUUGCCUGCUCUGGGUGUCAGGCCCAGAAGUACCUGCAGCUCUACAUGCUAACAGAAGGCUGAAUUCCAAAACAUAACUCCCUCACACAUCUUUGGUGAUUUACCUUAGAAUCAAUCAAUAGUUUGCAGAUCUCCUGUUUGAUUGUCAUGAUCCUUGUUAAGGAACCAGCACAGAGUGCUACUUCUUUCCAUUUCAGACAAACCAACCACCUUCCCAAAGCAGUUGAGGACUCGUCUAAAUCGGUUAUAAAUGUAUUCCUUAAUAGAUCUUACCUGAGGGAUGUGAUCAUCACCCUUUCCACACAGGGUGCUGCUUCUGCUAGUCCAAUUCCAUUAGUGCCAUAUCUUGAAGCCCUUUCUCAGUCAAAGCUCCCACUGACUUCAGUGGGAGCUUUGGCUGGUAAAAACCUCACGGUUUGCCCCUCACUUUGUAAAAAUAAACAAUCAGAACAAGUAGUGACUGGUUGUUUUGCCUAUUGACUUUGGACAUUCAUCUAGACUAUGAGGAAGAGCUUUCAGAUUAAUAGAAGAGAAUGUCCUUAAGAAAGCGCUUAUUAAAUCAGAUCAUCCAGUGUAAUUUCAUGUGCAGUAUGCCAGGUGAUUUAGAGUUUAUUUAACAGGAACUGAAACCACAGCUGUACAGAAAUCAAUUUCAAAGAGUUUAUUUUCUUUCACUUGGUUAAAAAGUUUUCUUUGCCAAAUGUAGUUUAUGUGAAACACAGAUUUGUUUUUCCUUUUUUUCCAACAAAGCAUGUGCCAGAACUUGUCUAUUUAAAUGCCUGGAAUAAAAUCCACUUUGAAAAAAGCGUUCAGCCUCUUUAUUUUCUUUGCUUUCCGUAAAGCAGGGGUUCCUUCUCUGCUCCCCUUGCCGUUUAGCUAUGUUCUGGCACUUGUAACUGCUCCUCCACAGAUGCAUCCCAGAAUCCUUUGCCCGGAGUCCCAGGGCACUUCAAAAGAAACACUGCAGGAGUUGACUUAGCAAUUUAUAGGGUGCUCCUGGCAACUAAAGAGAACUAGUCACAAAUAGCAUAGCAAGUCCCUUUUAACAGGCUAGGAAGAAGAGCAUCCUUUCUUUCCUGCAGCACAGAAGUAGUUGUGGAGAGCUGUUAACAUUAAGCUAAUACAUCAGCAAAAAAUCUUCCAUGAACAGUAUUUUCACAGAGCCUCUCCUCCUUAGACUGUCUCCCCUUGCCACCCAGAUCCUCUCACCUAAAGCUGCGAGCCUGCCCCUUACCAGGCCAUCCUUCUGCCCCUGGUUUGGGGGAGAGGAGACAUCACUUACCCCUGUGGAGCUGCUUAGGGACAUA